AUGAAGAACGCCGCUCUCCUCUCCGCCAUGGUGCUGGCCGCUGUGGCCGUGCGAGCCUUGCCCACCGCUACGCUAGCUGACCACCUGAUCAAGGGUCGCUCUGUCGACAAUGCCCACUUGAGAGCAAGAGGCACCUCGACGCGCGAAGGAGAGCAAUCCUUCCUUCGAGCUCGCAACAGCGCUAGUGCGCACCUGCCUGGCAUGGACCACGUCGCUGACGAAGUGCAGCUGGCUCGAAGCCUCGUUCAAGAGGGCAGCGAUUACGCCGCCCUCGCGAUGAUGAACGGCAAAAGAGAUGUCUCGCCAGCGAUCGACGCUCUGGAUGCGCGCAAAACGCCACCAGGGGUAGGCCACAUUGGCAAUCUGGGUCCCAUCUUCAACGGCAAAAGGCAGCUCUCGCCAUCCACUGAGCCCCUUGAAGCUCGUCAAGAGCCUGUUUGGAAUCAGCGCGGAGGCUUUGGCGGUCCGAUCUUCAACGGCAGGAGCGACGCAAUGUCCAACGAGACUCUCGAGGCGCGCUUUGAGAAUGCGAGCACGCCCCACGCGGAUCAAGACGUCCACACCGCCGAGGGGACGCAAGCGCCUCACCAGGACCACCUUGCUCAGCGAGACGCUACGCCGAUCGAGUCUCUCGAAGCGCGCCAAGGAGAUGGGAAGAAGAAGCUUCGCUGGUCUGAUCACCCCCAGCACGUCGGUAAGCGUGAUCUUGAGCCCACCCAAUCGUUUGAGGUGCGUGAUCCCGAGGAGAUGGAUCACCAUGAUACGAUUGUCACUCGACCGGGCAGCCUCGGCAGGCGCGAGCCGAUGCCCAGUCCAGUUCCUCAGCCCAAAAAGCAGCGAGGCAACAGCCAGGCGCACGUCCAGAAGAAUCCCACGAAGGCGCCUCACGGUCAGACCCGAAAGGCGACUCGUAAGCCGAAGAAGACCAAGGUCGGUUACGUUUAUCCGGCUUCCAAGGACCCUCUCGCCGCUUUCUAG